CGCCAGUGGGCGGUGCUGGGCCGCGUCACGUAGCUCAGGUUCGUGGGGCGCGGCCGCGCGCGUGUCUGUGAGUUCCGGUGAGAUUCCCCGUCGUCCCUCCGCCAUCAUGCCGAUGUUCGUGGUGAACACCAACGUGCCCCGUGCCAGUGUGCCGGACGGGCUGCUUUCCGAGCUCACCCAGCAGCUGGCGCAGGCCACCGGCAAGCCAGCACAGUAUAUCGCAGUGCACGUGGUCCCGGACCAGCUCAUGGCCUUCGGCGGUUCUAGCGAGCCGUGCGCGCUCUGCAGCCUGCUCAGCAUCGGCAAGAUCGGCGGCCCGCAGAACCGCUCCUACAGCAAGUUGCUGUGCGGCCUUCUGGCCGAACGCCUGCGCAUCAGCCCGGACAGGAUCUACAUCAACUACUACGACAUGAACGCGGCCAACGUGGGCUGGAACGGCUCCACCUUUGCCUGAGGGCCUCACGGCCCAGCAGGGCCUGCACCAACCUGCACCAGGCCGGCAGCCCGCAGUAUUCGGCCCGCCCCAUCCCCGGGGACCCCCCCCCGCCCCACCUCCGUGUCGGGAAAAAUAAAUGGUUUGGAGACUAGUUUC